AUGGUCGAUAUCGCAAUGACUACCGGUUCUCUCGAUGAUUUCGAUUUUUCCGAAACAGCAAUGGAAAACGAAGUGGAAUGCCAGACGCGAGAGGUGGAGGAAGAUGAUUUGGAGGUGGGAAUGGAGGAUGGCGAGCUCCCAGAAGAAGGAGAAAUCUGUGAUGACGAGGACCCUGAAGGCAGGCGCAACCGUGAACAGGUGACGGGGAACGACAGUGAAAUGACGUUGUCUGCUUCUUCGGACACGCCAACAGUGAUGCAGGCUGCGAAUUCACGUAAACCACGUGACCUGGACCGUGAAGACGUAACGAGGAGGAAGCAGCAGCAGCAGCAGCGAGCAGGAGCAGGAGAAGUGCGAACGAAUGUGAUGCAAGCAAAGCAGCAGCUAAAGCAGCCACGUGCGUGCGCAUCACAGAAACCACGGCGACGCAGGAAUUAUUGCCCAUAG